UCACUCUGUUUUUAACUGACAUUUCUUCGUCAAAUGAGGGGCGUCCAUCUGUAUUUAGCUGUCACAGCGGCCGUUUUCGCGCUCCUCUCUGCUCGCUGUUGUCUCAAUGUGAGCUCAGACGAGACUCGGACAGAGUUGAAUGGUUGUGCAGUUGAUUUCAUCUCGUUCACAGAGCAGUUCCACCGCUCGUAUGUCGCUAACAGCGAGGAGUUUGACCUCCGCCAUCUCUGUUUUCAGGUAAGAGACACGAGAGAGGGAGAGUGGAGAGAAACUGUGACACUUUGGACUUUCUUCAGGACAUACCAUAAUAACAAACGGCGGCGUACGUCACUACAGGCAACGCCCACUCAUAAUGCAACAAAGCGGCAUGCGUACCUGAACUCAUUCUCCACAGUGGCACAGUCUGCCAAGUACGGCAUCAACCAGUUCUCUGACUUCUCACAGGAGGAAUUCAGAGAUCUGUACCUUGGAGCUAGUGCUGACAGAGCUCUUCUCUUCCCUGGACUGAAGACAGGAAAAACAGAGGGGCUUCCAGCCAAAUUUGACUGGAGAGACAAAGCGGUGGUGGCACCGGUCCAGAACCAACAAGCAUGUGGCAGUUGUUGGGCAUUCAGUGUGGUUGGUGCCGUGCAGUCCGUCCAUGCUAUUGAUGGCUCGCAGCUGGUGGAACUCAGUGUGCAGCAGGUUGUGGACUGCUCUUUUCAAAAUGAAGGCUGCAAUGGAGGCUCACCAGUCCAGGCUCUGAAAUGGUUGAAGCAAAGCAAAAUGAAAUUGGUGCCUCAGUCAGAAUAUCCCUACAAGGCCAAGACAGGAAUCUGCCAUUUUUUCUCUCAGUCACAUGGCGUUGUUGCUGUGAAGAACUUUACUGCAUACGACUUCAGUGGUCAAGAGGAGGCCAUGAUGGGUCAUCUGGUGGAGCAUGGUCCCUUGGCUGCUAUUGUGGAUGCUGUCAGCUGGCAGGAUUACCUGGGUGGAAUCAUCCAACACCACUGUUCCAGCCAACGGUCUAACCAUGCUGUCCUGGUUGUUGGAUACAACACUACUGGGGAUAUUCCGUACUGGAUUGUGCAGAACUCCUGGGGAACCACAUGGGGGAAUGAGGGUUAUGUUUAUAUAAAAAUCGGUAGCAAUGUUUGUGGUAAGUAUGAGCUGUGCCAUCUUGUGAUCUUCUGUUUAUAUCUCCUUUAAGUAUGAUGUCUGUAUGUUGCUGUGCCCACUAUUCCCUCAAUAAUUUAUAUUCAACUCUAUUUUAUUUCUAUAGCACUUUACACACAACACAAUUCAUCCAAACCAUCCAUCAUCCAGAACCAUUUAACACAUUGUAGACAAACAUCAGAGUAGGAGUAACAUGCUCUUUCUUUUUUGACCUUGUUAAAACUCUGAACAAGUUAGAGAUGGGAUAAACAAGACUGAUUGCUACCAAAAAAAUACAACGAGUUGCAAUAGUUGAGGUGGGUGGAUAUAAAUGGAUAGAUAACUUUCUCCACAAAUACACAUAAUUAGUCUGAGUUUGGAAAUCAUGUGGAACUGCAUGAAGCUUAAUUUUAAUACCUGAUUGAUUUAUUAGUCAGACCUAAAUUCUGAAUCAGAUAUGACUCCAACAUUUUUUACAAGGCAAUUGGUCUAGAUAUGGAGUCAUAAUUUAAAGUUAUUAGUUUCUAUGAUCAAGUAAAUCUGUGUACAGUCAAAAGAUACAUUUUUGAAUAAUGUGGCCCAGAGGAAGCAAAUACAUGGAGAAAAGGAUUGGACCAAGAAUGGAACUUUGGGGGACACCACAAGACAUGGGCAAAGGAAGAGGAUGAUUUGCUAAUAGAAACACCCCACUGGUUUCAUCUCUGAAUGAGAAUAGUAUCAGCUACUGUAUCAAAGGCUAUAGUUAGAUGUAAGAGGAAGAGAAUGGAAAUGUUCAACAUCCUUAUUUUUUUCUUUCCCCAGGUAUUGCAGAUUCUGUGGCAGCAGUUUUUCUUUGACGAGAUUGUGUGUAUUGUUGUCCUUGUAUGUGUUUGUGCAUGUGUUCACUGCUGUCCAAUUUUAAAUGAUCUCUUUGCCUUCAAGUGUCACUUUAAAUAAUGUGUUUUAUUGAAAUGUCAACAGGUUACAUCACUAAAACAAAAUAAAUCACUUUAUAUGCUGA